UGUAAAAUAAAUCGGUGCUGGUAAAUAACGGACAAGAAAAAAAGUAACAAGAAAAAAGUAACAAAAAAAGUAACAAGAAAAGAGGAAAUACGCAUGGAAUGAUAAAUGGAACUUUGGUGAUGGAAUUUCUUUUUUGUGCACUUGCUUGUGACACUUCUUUUUGAUCAAACUAAUUCUGAUAAAAUAGAUUCUAGCGGCAGCGGUGAUAAGUAUUUUUUAUGGAUUGGUGAUGGUUGCGGUAAUAACGGCGAUAUCGAUUAACAUUGUUGAAGAUGGUUUAUUCUCACCAUCUCCACUCUUUCUUUUAAUGGUAAUUGCUCAAUUAACAGUGGCUGCCCUGUUACAUCCUCAAGAAAUUAAUUGUCUCUUUUACGGAAUUAUUUACUACAUUUCUGUACCUUCAAUGUAUCUGGUUCUAAUUAUAUUCUCCGUCUACAAUCUUAAUGAUAUUACUUGGGGCACGAGGGAAGUGCAGAAGAAAAAACCUGAUGCGGUAAUCCCCUUCGGAUUUGUCCUUCGCUAACUUUCCAUUACACUUAUUUCUUUCUACACUUUUAAUAUUAAUUUACUCUCCUCAUACUAAUUUACACUUCUAACUCUUAUUUGCACUUUUUUAUUGUAAUUUUAUUAAUUGACGCGCUCUGAAGAAACGGACUUGUCAUUUUUUGCAUAGUUACCCUUUUCAGAGUGCGUCACAAUUAUUAACAACUAGCAAAUGAUACACGGUAUUCCAUAUAUUAUUUUGUAAAUUAAAAAAUUUUUUAUUUUCAAGAAUAAACAUCAA